GUAAUAUAUAAAUAUUAUAUUUAUGUCUCUUAUCAAUUAAAUAAUAUUAACGAGAAGAAACCAAAGCAGUUAUUUACGCAUGCUUACUGUAUUAUUCGUGUGAUAUGAAAAAAGAGCCAUGCGUCUUUUGUGCAACAUGGCGACCGGCAAAGGACUUGCGAUAAUUUUUAGGCCAAAAAAUAUCAGUUUAAUUAGUUGUAAUAAACUUCAUAAAUUAUCAUGCAACGUUUUACAACAAUGCAAUGGAUGCCAGCGAUAUGUUGCAAACUUGGCGAUGGAUGUCGGUGCUUGGAAUAAGAAGAAAAUGGGAAAACGAAUUAUAGAAAAUUUUGUACAACAGUGUAGAUUAUUUCAUACGACGCAAAAGGUUUUAAAACGUGAUUAUUAUGAAAUUUUGGGAGUAUCCAGGAAUGCUUCUGCAAAAGAUAUAAAAAAAGCUUACUACCAGCUCGCAAAAAAAUAUCAUCCUGAUACUAACAAGGGUGAUCCAGAUUCGGGUAAAAAAUUUCAAGAAGUUUCUGAAGCUUAUGAAGUAUUAAGCGACGAUGCGAAAAGAAAAGAAUAUGAUACUUGGGGUACAACCUCAGAGCAAAUGGGAAUGGGUCAAGGAAGUAGACAAAGUGCUAAUGACUUUCAACAACAAUGGCAAUUUAGGUCUACACUUGAUCCAGAAGAAUUAUUUAAAAAAAUUUUUGGAGAUGCUGGCUUUAAAAGUGGCAUGUUUGGUGAUUUUGAAGAUUUUGCAGAAUCAAAAUAUGGUUUUGCAGCAUCAAAAGAGGUAAUAAUGGAUCUAACUUUCUCACAAGCUGCCAGGGGUGUAAAUAAAGAUAUUGAAUUAAACGUAGUAGAUACAUGUCCAAGAUGCGCUGGUUCUCGGUGUGAGAUAGGAACGAAGGCUGUCAGGUGUGAACAAUGUAAAGGUACUGGAAUGGAAACUAUUAGCACAGGACCUUUUGUAAUGCGCUCAACUUGUCGCUAUUGUAAUGGUACUAGAAUAUACAUAAAACAUCCUUGUUCCGAGUGUGAAGGGAAAGGAAAAACGGUGCAACGAAAAAAAGUAACUGUACCAGUACCAGCUGGAGUAGAAGAUGGUCAAACAGUACGCUUGGCUAUUGAUAACAAAGAAGUAUUUAUAACAUUCCGCGUAGAAAAGUCCAAAUACUUUCGCAGAGAUGGAUCCGAUGUACAUACUGAUGCAGAAAUAUCUUUGUCGCAAGCUGUAUUGGGUGGUACAAUAAGGAUAGAAGGUGUCUAUGAAGAUCAGACUGUACAGAUUCGCCCAGGUACCAGCUCGCACACUAAAAUACGUUUGACAAGCAAAGGAUUAAGGAAAGUAAAUGGAUAUGGUUAUGGUGAUCAUUACGUAAAUAUUAAGAUAACCGUGCCCGCAAAAUUGACUGAGAAACAGAGAGCUUUACUUCAAGCAUACGCUGAGCUUGAAUCUGACACACCUGGCAGUAUAUAUGGAAUAACUUACAAAACAGAUGGAACCAAACGAUCCUUUGUGGGGCCAUUAGAUUUGGUAGAAUCCAUACGAGUGGCCCUAGGAGACGAACCGAUUUGCAACAAUAAAUCUUCAUCUUCUAUACUUGAGCAUCCGGGUGAUAAAGCGCAAGGAGAUAAUAUGUCCGCCAAUAUUGAUUCAGACAUUAAUAUUAAAAAUAACGAUAGGACAAAAAAAAGUAGUAACGAUAUAAGAAAACAAGAGGCGGCUCGUAAUGGUAGUACUAUAUAAGGUGAUAAAUUUCUUAUAAAAAUGUUAACAAUAAAUGAAAAAAUUGUUAACUAAAUGCGCUGUUGUCCAUAUUUGCAUAGCAAAGAAUACGACAAAUAAUGGUUAAAUUCAAUAAUCUUGUAUAUAAUUAACGAGAAUCUGAUAUUACAUUGACAUGCAAAUAAUUUAACAUCAAACGUUUCACAUUAACGUUACGUUUAUCAAAAUAAAUUUCAUUUGAUUAUGUAAUAUAAUAAAAAUACAAUGCGCGUCUUGAAAAUCAUUAACAAGAUUAAUUAGCUGUUUUACAGGAUGUGCGUGUAUUACUGGUAAAUAAAUAUGCAAAGUUAGUGUCACGUAAAAAUGACGAUGCAAUCGGGGA